AUGAUUGAUUUGUCGGACAACGAGAUUGUGAGGCUCGAGAAUUUCCCUUUCAUGAAUCGCCUUGGCACUCUGUUAAUCAACAACAACAAAAUAACAUGUAUCAAUCCCAACCUUGGUGAGUUUUUACCCAAGAUGCAUACUUUGGUGCUGACGAACAAUCGCCUUACAAGUCUUGCGGAGAUUGACCCCUUGGCCUCUCUUCCAAAGCUGCAAUUUCUCAGCUUACUGGAUAAUACCGUAACUAAGCAACCAGAUUACCGGUUAUAUGUGAUCCACAAACUGAAGCAUCUGCGUUUGCUGGACUUCAAGAAAGUGAAUCAACAGUGCCAAUGA